AUGCAUAAGCGAUAUGGCGACAUUGUCCGUAUUGCGCCGGACGAACUGGCCUUUUCCCACCCCGAUGCCUGGCAAGACAUCAUGGGCCACCAGAAAGGAAAACCUGAAUUCUCAAAGGCAACAUGGUUUUACCGUCCAAUGGAAGGCGAAGCGUGUCAUGUAGUCAACGAAAGCAGAGAGCAACAUGGGCGUCUCCGUCGACAAAUGGCCCACGGCUUCUCUGAAAAGGCAAUGCGAGACCAGGAGCCAAUGAUUCGUGGCUAUGUCGACAUUUUGCUCAACCGGUUAAAUGAAUUUUGCGAGUCUGGUACUCCAGUGGUUCUUUCCGAUUGGUAUAAUUAUACUACCUUCGAUAUCAUUGGAGACCUGGCAUUUGGUGAGCCAUUUGGCUGUCUUCAGGGAUCAAACCUUGACGGAUGGAUUAAAGGGAUUUUCGACGCCGGCCGGCUUGGCAUUGUCUUGCAAGCUCUCUCAUUCUAUCCAUCCGUGAAACGGACCCUGUUGUCAAUGGUGCCCGCGUCAAUGACAGAGGCCCAUGAUAAGCAUAAGAAACUCACAGAACAGAAGAUGAUGCGUCGGAUGGAAAAGGAAGAGGGCCGGCCCGACUUGAUUGAGGGACUUCUGAGGAAGAGGGAGGAACUGAACCUGAGUAUUGAUGAACUCAUUGCAAAUGCUGAAAUUCUCAUUAUUGGUGGUUCCGAGACAACAGCUUCAUUAUUGAGUGGAGUUACAUACCUCCUCCUUACGAAUCCGACUGCCUAUCAGAAACUGAAAGAGGAAGUGCGCACUGUGUUUCAAAGCCAGGAAGAUAUCGAUCUGAUCUCUGUUAACAAAUUACCCUACAUGCUUGCAUGUCUCGACGAGGCAUUGCGCAUGUACCCACCCAUUGCAAAUGGGCUGCCCCGUGUGUGUCCUGGGGGUGGUGCCAAGGUCUUGGGCGAAUAUGUUCCAGCAAACACUUUUGUUUCUGUCCAUCAAUGGGCACUUUAUCGACGCGAAGAGUAUUUCAAGGAUCCCAACACAUACCAUCCAGAGAGAUUCCUAGGUGAUCUAUCAUUUGCAGAUGAUCGCCGAGAGGUAUUGCAGCCAUUCCAUACUGGACCGAGAAAUUGCCUCGGAAGAAAUCUUGCAUAUAGCGAGAUGCGUCUAAUCCUUGCAUUGAUUAUCUUUAACUUUGACAUGGAGAUUGCCGAUGAAGCCCGUGAUUGGAUCAAGCAGAGAAACUUCCUGAUGUGGGAAAAAGGCCCGUUGAAGGUUCAUUUAACUAGGGCAUAA